AUGCGGCUCUUCGCGACUGGUGCCUCGGUCCGGGCUGCCAGGUCAGCACGACUUGCGACAUCCCAUCGACUCACACAAUCUACGUUCCCUUCAGCAGUCGCAAGCUGCGGUGUACGGUACCAGCGUACCCAAGCUGCAUAUCAGUCCACCAACGCAUUCCCACACCAGUCGGUGCAACAACCACGGUGGGAAACAGACCCAUCAAAGACCGCUCGUACUCGAGAGGAUGUCGGCGCUGGAGAGAGGAACGACUUCCGUUCGAAAUUAGGGCGAGGACCGCGAAAUACUGUCCUGCGUGAUGGAGACCUUACAGGUGCCAAUGUGGCAGGAAAUGCCUUCAUAUUCGACUCGACGACCAACCUAUCCCCAUCGAUCCUGCAACUCAUCGACCGGAAGCUAUACGACAUUUCAAACCAUCCUCUGUGUAUUACUAGAAAGCUCAUCGAGUCCGUCUUCUCGUCUCCGGACUACAUCAACCACACUGUACCCGACCCUGUUGUAACAACAAAAGACAAUUUUGACGACCUAGGUUUUCCAGCUGACCACCCUGGCCGUUCGAGAACAGACACAUACUAUGUCGACUCAAGUCACGUCCUGCGCACCCAUACCUCGGCGCAUCAGAAUCAAGCAUUCGAAAAAUUGAAGGAGAGCAAGAACCACUACGGCUACACCAUAUGCGCAGACGUCUACCGUCGAGACAGCAUAGACCAGAGCCAUUUCCCUGUCUUCCACCAGAUGGAAGGCGCCCGGUGUUGGACCAGGAUGCGCCACGUUAUCGCACGGUACGAAGCGUUGGUCAUGCGCCGGAACAAGAUUAGGCGAGACAUCGAAAAGCUGCCGAAACAUGACCUGGAUGUCGUUGAAAAUGCUCCGGCCUUUGAUCUGGAGCGAAAUCCGCCGCAGCCUGAGCACGAUGAGGAAGAGGUCACGCUCAUGGUCGACCAUCUGAAGAAAAGUCUCGAAGUCCUUGUCGACCGCGUUUUCACUGCAGCGAAGCAGGCCGGCGUGGGCGGCGACGAGCUAAAAGACAAACCGCUGCAAGUACGUUGGGUGGAGGCCUACUUCCCCUUUACGAGCCCGAGCUUCGAGCUGGAGGUCUACUGGCAGGGUCAAUGGCUUGAGUUGCUGGGCAGUGGCAUCGUACAGCAGCCCAUCCUCAACCACAACGGCCUGACAGACCAAGUUGGCUGGGCCUGGGGCCUCGGCAUCGAGCGCCUGGCCAUGGUCCUCUUCGGCAUCCCAGACAUCCGCCUCUUCUGGUCGACCGACGAGCGUUUCCUCAGCCAGUUCCAAGAAGGCAAGGUCACGCGCUUCGUGCCCUUCAGCAAGUACCCCGCUUGCUACAAGGACGUCGCCUUCUGGAUCCCCUCGGCCCCCGCCGGCGCUUCACCCAUGCAAGCCCAAUCGGAUGCGGGUGUCGCCGCCGCAGCCGGAGGCGACUCGACCAAGGCAUCGCCAAGCGAGACCCAACCCGCCGCCUUCCACGAGAACGAUGUCAUGGAGCUUGUCCGCGACGUGGGCGGCACAUUGGUCGAGGACGUGAGGCUCGUGGACGAGUUCGUGCAUCCGAAAUCCGGCCGGAAGAGCCUGUGCUACCGCAUCAACUACCGCAGUCUGGAACGGACGCUGACCAACGAGGAAACCAACGAUCUCCAUGCACAGGUUCAACGCGGGCUGGAGGAGAGACUGGGCGUCACGCUGCGCUAA